CCAUCGUCGCCCUGCUUCAUCCUUGCCCUGUUUCACUUCGCUCUGCUCUCUGCUCUCUGCUUUGCCACCAACCAACCGCAUCGCCAUGGCCCCGCUGCACGGAUCUGCGCUUGUCCCCGUUCGCCUUUCAACCCUCAGCACCGACAAUCACCUCGCCUCGUAUCUCGCCCUUAUUCGCCAUGCUGCUGCCCAGACAUCGGACCGUCUGUGCAUCUGCCUCGACUGCCCCGAGAUUCCUGCCUCUCAGCAUCGGCCAGUGACGAUCCACGAGGCCCUCCACGCAGUGCUCUCGGCUCUGUACAUUGCCGCAUCCGAGGCUGCGUAUCGCUCAGGGCAUCUGCUGCUCUCGGUCGAUGUGGUCUUUCUCGGAUGGUGUGGAUACGACCCAUCCGAUGCCGACUGGGAUGUGGCCAUCGGAUUCGAAGCAGACCGAGAAUGCAUCGCCAACACCUCCAUACCCUUCCAAAUCUAUGAGCCGCCGCCCUCCGAAACAAAUCUUAAGCACCUCGCUGAUCUUUCGAGAAAAUCCCAGUCGUCUCGACCCGAAAUCUACACCCAGGUGGCCGUCGGCGGAACCUUUGAUCAUUUGCAUAGCGGACAUAAGGUGCUCCUGACGAUGGCCUGCUGGAUCGCUCGAGACCGCCUUGUCUGUGGUGUUGUCGACCCAACACCUGAGCGACUGCAACGCAAGAUGGCCAGCCAGUAUAUGGAGCCAACCCGGAUUCGCAUCCACAACGUUCGGCGGUUUUUGACGACCAUCCGCACCGGCUCGGCCAUAGCUUUCGAUGUUGUCCCGAUUGUCGACGAUCUGGGGCCGACCCGAUACGAGUCCGGUCUGGAAGCGAUUGUUGGAUCCAAAGAAACAGAGAAGGGGUGCGAAAUGGUAAACUCGGUACGGCUUGAAAACGGACUAAAGCCGCUCGACAUCUUCAUCAUCGACCUGAUCUCGCCGGAUGGCAGUGUCGACGAUAUCGCCCUCAAGAUUAGCUCAUCCUUCAUCCGCCAGCACCUGCAAGAGCAAGCCUCACAAGUCAAGCCGUAAAUGGCCGUGGCUCUCACGCAAAAAUACUGCCAUCUCCCACGAUGGCAUACAUGCAAACAUAACGAAACGACUCGAGCCAUGCGUCAUCAAUACGAACGACAUCCAUCAUACCGAUGUUUUGCUCGAGUGACAACCCGAGCAAGCAGCCCCGUUGCAGCUUAUCUCAGGCGUUGCGUCCUGCACCGGCUCUCUUGUCAUGGUGAGACAAAGAUGAAAAGCAAUACAUCACCGUUUAGACAACUAGAUACCGAGCACACCAGGCAGCCAGUCUACUUGCAUCGUUGACCCCACAGCGUCUGCGCCGCCUCGAUGCGGUUAAGCACGCUCGAUGGGCCGUACCCGAGGUAGUCAAGAAGGACUGUUUCCUGGAGCCUCUCGACCAAGACCAAGACCGCGACGAAUGUCUGCCGCAGGCUCUCGCAGCCCAGAACCGUGUAUGGAUUUGCCUUCGAUCUGACGAGCCGCGACAUCCGGCGGCAUGUGAGCAAUACAAC